AUGAAUAGACAGAAAGAAUUACGUAAUUUGUAUCGCGAUUUUCGUUCAGCAAUUGAUUCAAUUCAACAAGCAACAGCUACAAAAGAAAUUGAAGUAGAUAAUGAAGAAGAGGAAGAGGAAGAAAAUAUGGGAGAACAAGAAGUGGUUGAAAAUCAGCAAAAUGUUCCUGGAGAAGAAGAAGAUCACUUCGAAAACAAUGAAGUUGAGGAAGAAGAAGAGAGUAAUGAUCAAUUACCUUCAGAUUUAGAUUUAAUUGUUCAGGAAAUUGAUAUGUUACAAAAUGAAACUAACGAAAUAUUAAAUUUACUCAAGAAGUCGCAAAUUGAGAAGCAUCCAAAGGUCAAAUCUAUUAGAUCACAAUUGAUGUAUGUUAUACAGAUUAAUAACGGAUUAAGAGAAAGAGCUCUUCGCUUAGCAGGGAGAAAUUAA